CCUCGCCUCUUGAACGGCUCCAAUCAUCUGCACGAAGGGCACUACCGGUGGACUACGAAUUCACUUCAGUAGUCCGCAGACUACUACUACGGGCCUCAAGAAGUAAAGCCCAUCUAAUCCGUUCGAGCCCUUAGCCAAGCCCAAAAAGCAGAAGGCCGAAAAAAAGAAGAAAAAAGCCCUAGAGCAGCGGCAGCUGGAGCAGCAGGGAAGAAAAUCCUCUAUUGCAAGAAGCAGCACCGCAGCUGUUUGCCUUUCUAUAGAAAAAUAUGGCAGAGGCUAGCGACAAUGACCAGGGCAGUUCAGAUAUGAAGUUGUCUACCAGGCGUAGGAGAAAAAAAUCUAUAGUUUGGGAACACUUCACUGUGGAAAGGGUGGAUAGUGAAUGUGCCAGGGCUUGCUGUAAACGAUGCAAGCAAACCUUCGCAUACAGUUCUGGUUCAAAAUGUUUAGGUACUAGCCACCUGAAAAGACAUCUAGCCUCCGGGUCAUGUCCCAGAAACCAGCUUCAAGAUAGAAGGCAACUAACCCCUUAUACUCCCCCCAUGAAAGGUGGUGGGAGUGGCACAGAUCGGCUGAAGAAACGCUUCAAAGGGAGUAGUGGCUCAUGGGGCAACUUGUAUGACAUGGACCAUACUCGCCUCGACAUUGCAAAAAUGAUCAUCAUGCAUGAGUAUCCACUUCACAUGGUCGAACAGUCUGCUUUCGUAACCUUUGUCCAAAAUCUCCAACCCCAUUUCAAUAUGGUAACAUUCAGCACCGUUGAAGGUGAUUGUCUGGUGAUUUUCCAAAAGGAGAAACAAAACCUCAAACAACUCCUGAAAGCAAUCCUUGGACGGGUCAGUCUCACUUUAGAUCUGUGGACAUCCAGUCGGACUCUUGGGUACAUGUCUCUAACGGGACAAUUUAUCGAUAAUGAUUGGAAAUUACACAGACGGAUCCUCAACUUCACGACGGUAUCUUCUCAUAGUGGCAGUGCUCUUACUGAAGCAAUUUGGACUUGCCUUUUAGAUUGGAACCUGGAGAACAAGUUAUUCACUGUCUCUUUGGAUGAUUGUUCUUUGCAUGAUAGCAUUGGUGCAAACCUUAAAGAACACCUGUCGAACAAGAAUGCACUCAUGCUGAAUGGUGGGUUAUUCGUGUCGAGUUGCUUUGCUCGCAUAUUAAAUCUCAUUGCUCAGGAUGGGCUAAAAGCGAUCCAUGAAACUGUCUACGAAGUCCGCGAAAGUAUUAAGUAUGUGAAGGCAUCACAGCUGCAUGAAGAAAAAUUUGCACAGGUUGUCCAACAACUUCAAAUUGCUAGCACAAAGAGCCUGUCGCUAGAUGUCUGUACACAGUGGAACACGACGUAUCUCAUGCUGUUGGCUGCUUUGGAUUACAAGGAAGCAUUUUCUUACUUGCAAACGUCUGAUCCUGACUACAACCGGGCACCGUCGGAGGAAGGAUGGAAGAAGGUCGAAAAUCUUUGCAAGUACUUGAAAGUUUUGUACAAUGCCGCAAAUGUUUUUACAGGAAUAACGCACCCAACUGCCAAUAUCUACUUCCAUGAAGUGUGGAAGAUCAAAUUAGAGCUGAUGCAUGCAGCAGGAAGUGAGGAUGCUAUUGUCAGCAGCCUUACAAAGCAAAUGCAUGAAAGAUUCGACAAAUAUUGGAAGGACUGCAGCCUCGCCUUAGCUGUUAUUGUAGUUAUGGAUCCACGAUUCAAGAUGAAGCUUGUUGAGUUUAGCUACUCUAAAAUCUAUGGUGAGGAUGCAUACACAUUCAUUAAGAUUGUCAGUGAUGGUAUUCGUGAUCUAUAUCUUGAAUAUGCUGCGGAUCCACAACCACUAACACCAGUUUAUUUGGAAAAUGGACCGGCCAACAAUACUGUGGAGGGAACGGUAGGAACCCCUCUUCCUAAUGAUGAUGGGCUUCAAGACUUCGAUGUGUUUAUAUCUGAAACAACGAAUGGCCGACGGACACAGACAGAGCUGGAUCAAUACCUCGAAGAGGCACUCAUACCGAGGAUACAAGACUUUGACAUCUUAGAUUGGUGGAAACUGAACAAACUCAAGUACCCAAACCUCUCGAAGAUGGCUCGUGAUGUCUUGGCUAUUCCAAUCUCGACUGUUACUUCUGAUUUCAUAUUUGGCAGUGGGAGGAAAGUGCUCGAUGACUACCGCAGUUCGUUGCAGCCAGAAACACUAGAGGCCCUUGUUUGUGCUAAGGAUUGGCUUCAGCAGCAGAAUGUUCCAGUGGAGGGACCUUCCAAUGCAUUAGUCAAAAUGGAAUUCUAGGUUUGGGCAGGUGUGAGCAUUCUUUAUUUUCAGUUGCUUCUCUCUAUUAGGAUGGACCACCGUAAGUCUUUCUUUCAAGCUGUAACAGUUUCUUAGUCCCAAUAACCCUUUACUAUUACUAUUAUUAUUUUUCAAUCUUUGAAUUUUAGAAUUUAGUCCAGGCACUGUAUCAGUAACUUCUGCUUAAAAGAUGAAUCAUCUUUCUCAAA